CCGGCGUCCGUCUCGUUCUCUUCCCACCACCAUCAUGAUGUCGUGCUCGUCCUCCGAAUUCUCUUUCGCGCAACCAAUGCCGGCAGCAAAGGCGGAGAGGCUUACAAAAUCCCAUCCUUGCUCGCUGAACACCACAAUCUUGGAAUGACCACCUUUGGAGCGCCCGCAUCCAACUCCUUUCCGAAUACGCACAGGACUCGCAGUAGACGACUGGUGGAAAUAUCAGGCCAGGGCGCUCGAGCCGCUCUGCCAACGCCACCGCUCGCAGGGGAUGGCUCUGCGGAAGCCCCGCGGAUUCGGAAUACAAUGGCAUCACGUGUGAUGGAACAAUAAUCGCGACUCGAUCACUCACGAAUUCCCCCCUUCAUAAUUGGCCGCUAUGCACUCUGGUCUCCCAUCUUCCCCACCCCUCUCACUUCGCCCACCAUGGGAUUCCCGAAACCUCAGGGCGGCGCAUCGCUGAUGCUCACGUUCAAGCUUGCCAACAAGACGGUUCUGAUCGUAGGGGGCGGCACCGUAGCUGCGACCCGUGCGUUCGCAGCGCUCGAGGCGGACUCGUCGGUCGUAGUGGUGGUGAAAGGGGGGAAGGAUGCAGCAUGCGAGGAACUCAAGUGGCGUGCCGAUGAGCGCCAGAUCACUCUCCUCGACUGGGACAAGCUCCCCACCAGCUCGACCAGUGAGAACGACGUGCAGGCGCUCGAUGCCUACCUGGCUUCCCUCCCCUCCGUCUCCUUCGUCUGCGUCACGGACACCGUCCUCGGGUACUCGCAGCGCUCUAGAGCGUCCGCUGAGCAGAUCUACAACGUCUGCCGCGCUCGCAACAUUCCUGUCAACACCACCGAUAUCCCCCAGCUCUGCGACUUCUCCUUCACCGCCACCCAUCGCUUCGAGCACCACGAAACAGGCCAGCGCUCCCCCAUCCAGAUUGGCGUCACCACGAAUGGACAAGGCUGCCGACUGGCUGGCCGCGUCAAGCGCGACAUCAUCGCGAGCAUCCCAAAGGAGAUCGGCGCCGCGGUGGAGAAGGUUGGCUACAUGCGAAGCACCGUCAAGGAUGACCUCCCCGAGGAAGACGAGCACGCAUGCGAGGACGGCAGUACCUCAACGCCGAACCGUCCUGUCCCUCAGCGUAUGCCCUCCGAUCCAGAGACGCCCGCCGAGCAGGCGCGUCGGCGCAUGAAGUGGGUGGCGCAGGUCAGCGAGUACUGGCCGAUCCACAAGCUCGCAGCGAUGACGGCACAGGACAUGGCAGCCGUCCUUUCCGGUGACUCCCUUACCGUACCACAGACACCACCCACCGAGCCCACCCUUCACACUCUUGACGAACCCGAACGUAAGGGCCGCAUCCUCCUCGUCGGAUCCGGCCCAGGCCAUCCCUCCUUGCUCACCGUCGCCACGCGUGACGCGCUCACCACUCAUGCCGACCUUGUCCUCUCCGACAAGCUCGUGCCCGCGGCCGUCCUCGAGCUCAUCCCCCCGAACGUCGAGGUGCGCAUCGCGCGCAAGUUCCCGGGCAACAACGACGGCGCGCAGAACGAGAUGAUGGAGCAGGCCGUCGAGGCUGCGCGCGCAGGCCGCACCGUCGUGCGCCUCAAACAGGGCGAUCCUGUCGUGUAUGGCCGCGCAGGCGAGGAGGUCCUCUACUUCCGCGAGCACGGCUUCGAGCCGGUCGUCAUCCCGGGUGUCUCCUCCGCGCUCGCGGGGCCGACCUUCGCGGGCGUGCCGGUCACGCAGCGCGGCGUGGCCGAGUCGCUGAUGGUGUGCACGGGCGUGGGGCGGAAGGGGCGGGAUGUGCAGCUGCCGGGGUACGAGCGCGCGCGGACGACGGUCAUCCUCAUGGGCGUCGCGCGCCUGCCGCAGGUCGUCGCGGCGCUGACGGAUCCCGCGGAGACCACGCGGCGCGCUGGCCCGGCCUACCCGCUACAUACGCCCAUCGCCAUCGUCGAGCGCGCCUCGAUGCCGGACCAGCGCGUCGUGUACUCGACGUUGAAGGAUAUCGUGCUCGCGAUGGAGAGCUCGGGCGAGCAGCGGCCGCCGGGCAUGAUCGUGCUUGGAUGGGCCGUGUUGGCGCUCUGGGAGAAGGGCGACGUGCAGGUGCUCGAGGAAGGCGGCGAAAAGAAUGACGAGGAGCGUGUCAAGCGCUGGCUUGGGAAAGAUGCAGGGUGGAGAGUGCGUGAAGGGUUAGAUGCGCAGUGGGCGGGAUUGUAGAUGUAAUAUCUCAUAGAUGUCUGGAUUUGCUGCUGCUUUGUAUCGUCGUUUGUGUUGUACUGAUCAAUUAUAUAUGCUCGUGGCUGCUCCUCACCUGA